UGGGUUGACCUCUUGCCCACGAUGGGUUUUCUGCGACGGUCUCGCCACCGUCAACGGCACCGCUGCCCACUUCGCUUCUCAAGAACCAGGGCUCUGUAUCCGUUGCUGUUUCCGACACCACCUAUCGUCUUCCCAGCGUCUCAAGUGAGGCAGAACUACCACCGCGACUGCGAGACCGCUGUCAACAGCCAUGUUCAAGAGCAGCUCUACGCGUCCUACGUCUACCUGUCCAUGGCCUUCUACUUUGACCGUGAAGAUGUGGCUCUGGGGAACUUGACAAGCUUCUUCCUGAACAAGUCGCACGAGUGCACUGCGCAUGCUGAGAUGUUCCUGGCACUGCAAAACCAGCGUGGUGGCCGCAUUUCUCUCCGCACUGUCAGCAAGCCGGACCGUGACGACUGGGUUGGCGUCCUUCCAGCCAUGGAGCGUGCCUUUCAACUGGAGCUGACCCUCAACCAAAGCCUCGUGGCCCUGCACCAGCUAGCCACUAGCAAAAGUGAUGCCCAUCUGCGUAACUUCCUGGAGAAGAACUUCUUGAACAAGCAAGUUGAAGUCCUCAAGGAGAUGAGCCGCUACGUGACCAACAUGCGCCAGAUGGGCUCUCCAGAAGACCGCACGGUUGAGUAUCUACUUGGGAAACUUACCCUGGCUGACAUCAAUAAAGAGAACUGAGCUGGACUUUCUUCACAACCCUGAAUUCUUCUCCAGGAUACCAGACUGGAUGCCAUAUUGCCCUUCCAGCAAGUUCACUCGUUUUUCCUUCCCCUUUUACCAUUGUUUCCAAUAAAGUUACUUGA